CCAUGAUCAACGCACAUGCGCUGUUGACAAAGUGACUACACCCAACAACAACAACAACAACAACAACAACAAUGACGAUCGGAACCAAGGUUGACGCUGCCACCACUGCUGCUGGCGCCAAGGCUGACGAGGCGAGCAACGCGGCCAAGGCUGAGGUCCACAAGAGCAUCGCCAAGGACUCGGACGCUAGCCUCGGCACUCGUGCUCGCGCUGCCGGCGACUACAUCGCCGACAACUACCAAACGCACGUACAAUACGACAUUGGAUCCGCACAGCAAGAAGCGCCUGGAUGGAAGGAGGCAGGGGACUACACGGCCAAGGUUGAUGCUGCUACUGGCGCUGCCAGCGCGAAGGUCGACGAGACUACCAACGCCGCCAAGGCCGAAAUCCACAAGGAAAUUGUGAUGGACUCGGAGCAACCAAUCGGCACCCGCGUCCGCGCUGCCGGCGACUACAUUGCCGACAAGUGGAACGAGAUGACGGCCUCUGGCGAGAAGGAGCUCAACAAGGAGGAGCUCAAGCAUUGA